ACGUGCGCGCCCCCGCGGCCGGCCGGUCGGUCUCCUUGGUGAAGGUGGAAGGAAGAUGGCGGCGGCGGCGGCGGCGGGAGAGACGGAGACGAAGCGGAGCCGCGGGUCCCCGAAGGCCAUCAAGUUCCUCUUCGGCGGCCUGGCGGGGAUGGGAGCCACGUUCUUCGUUCAACCACUAGACCUGGUCAAAAACCGGAUGCAGCUGAGCGGGCAAGGAGGUCGGGCGAAGGAAUACAAGACCAGCUUCCACGCCGUCACCACCAUCCUGAAGGCCGAGGGGAUCGGGGGGAUCUACACCGGUCUCUCCGCGGGCUUGCUGCGCCAGGCCACCUACACCACCACCCGCCUGGGCAUCUACACCAUCCUCUUCGAGAAGCUGACCAAGGCUGACGGCACGCCGCCCAACUUCUUCAUGAAAGCUGGCAUCGGCAUGACGGCGGGCGCAAUCGGCGCCUUCGUGGGGACGCCCGCCGAGGUAUCGCUGAUCAGGAUGACUGCCGACGGCAGGAUGCCCGCGGACCAGCGGCGGGGUUACACCAACGUGUUUAACGCGCUUUUACGCAUGACCCGAGAAGAGGGCCUCUUCACCCUCUGGCGGGGUUGUGUCCCGACGAUGGCUCGUGCGGUGGUGGUGAACGCAGCCCAGCUGUCCUCUUACUCCCAGUCCAAGCAGUUCCUCCUGAGCCUCAGUUACUUCAACGAUAACAUCCUCUGCCACUUCUGUGCCAGUAUGAUCAGCGGGCUGGUGACCACUGCUGCCUCCAUGCCGGUCGACAUCGCCAAAACCAGAAUUCAAAAUAUGCGGACAAUCGAUGGCAAACCAGAAUACAGGAACGGACUGGACGUUCUCCUGAGGGUCACCCGGCAAGAGGGGUUCUUCAGCCUUUGGAAGGGCUUCACGCCGUACUAUGCCCGCCUGGGCCCGCACACGGUCCUCACCUUCAUCUUCCUGGAGCAGAUGAACAAAUAUUACAAGCUCUACUUCCUGGAUCAAUAAAAUGGGCGUGAGACCGCCACACUCUUCACCCUACCUCUGGGGUUAGCGACACACGGGUGCCCGAGACAGGGAGCAGAUUGGAGUCAAAUCACUACAGUGUGUGGACACUUAUGUAAGUGUAUGUGGAGCAGCCCCAGUCACGCCACUGUGGGAGAGGACAGAUCCACCAACGAAUGUGCAGUGGCGGGAAUGUCAGUGUAUGUAGGAAGGAACUGCAGGUGCUGGUUUGCGAAGAGAGGCGCAUAAAUGCUGGAGUAACUCAGCGGGACAGGCGGCAUCUCUGGAGGGCGACGUUUCGGGUCUUGACCCGUUCCUUCUCUCCAGAGUUACUCCAGCAUUUUGUGUCUUCUCUCCGUAAACCAGCAGGAAGUGGUUCUCUCUGCUGGCCUGGGCCCUCGUAAGUUCCAGGGGGAGAAUCCGUCACUGGCUUCUGUUCUUUUUGUGUUUUUUAACCAAAAAUAAUUUGAAUCGAUUAUUUUGGUCCGUUUUUCAAACCACUCCUGGGCGCAGAUUUAGCCCUGGGCAAGGGGCGGGCAGCUGGGCGCCGUGACUCAUGCGCGGAUGGCCAGCUUGGCCUACGCCCAGCCAAACCAACCAAGACAUCAACCUCUGCCCCAAACCCUCUCCCCUACGCACACAGGGAUGUCCAAAGAUGAGGGUGUGACAGGCAGCCAGAAGGCCCCUUUAGAUAAUGGAACUGAUAGGGGACUGCAGCAUCACGCACUGCAUGUACACGUGGAACACAGGCUCCUCCAGCUCGCUAAAAUGGCAGCUGCCAAGUGAACUGCAGACGGGAAGUAGCUGAAGAAGGGUUUCGGCCCGGAACGUUGCCUAUUUCCUUCGCUCCAUAGAUGCUGCUGCACCCGCUGAGUUUCUCCAGCUGUUUUGUGUAGUUGCAUACAAGUUAUCUGCCACACAUCCCUCCGUGUUGCAGGCAAGAUUUCUAGGCUCCACUGCACUUUAUGACGUAGAGGAAGAUCCUUGUAUUCAAAUCUUCCUUGUGCCAUUUGACCCUCUUGGUUUGCUGCUGGGCUCAGCGGGCCAGGCAGCAUCUGU